AUGGCGCGUCGUCCCGUCGGUGUUUCCGACUUUGACAUGGUCGUGCAGGAGCAUGCCGGUGCCCUACAGCUCACACGAAUCAUUCAUCACGAAGCAGCGAGAUUCCAGGCGGCGCAGUCGCUGUACAUGCAGAUUCACGCGGACAAGUUCGACGACGCAGAGGACGACCAGUGGGCCAUGGCUCUUGAAGCCAUCCGGCCCGGAAACGUCAGACACAACCUGAAGGCCUUCAAGAUUGAGAUCGUAAGCGACAGGCUGUUCGAGCCGUAUUCUGUGACGAAGCUCCCGUCGUCCAAUAUGGACAACCCGUACGUCCGGGAGAAGAUAGGACACUUCCCCGUGGCUAGCAGGAGCUUCUUCGCCGAGCGGAGCUUUAUCAAGGCCCUUUCGAACAUCCGAGGCGUCGAGCGAGUCGAGAUCGUCGGGCCAAUGGAGGCGUCGCUCAAGAAGAUGCUGGCGGCAGCUAUGACGACACAAGCCGGGCACAAGGUGCGCGACUGGCGCUACGGCGGAGGGCUGAGGUCGGAGGGCGACAUAAGCUGGGGCUCGUGGUCGGCUACGAUGCAGGCGACGGGCGAGGCAGCAGCAUACAAGACAGGGCGAUUCGAUCAGCAAACCUUCCUCCCCAAGCAGCCGAUGCAGAUUGUCACGGAUGUGGGUUUCGAGCCGAAUGGCGCAGCCUCGCUCAUCACUGUGCGGAGCUCCAAGGAGAUGGCGAGACCGAGUCUUCCCUUGGACGGCAAUUUCGGGUCGUCAAGCUUGGAUGGCGCUUCGAGCAGAGAUGUUGACGGUUUAGCAAGCAACGGCGAUAGCAAACGAGCGGAUAGGCACGAGAACGAAGGCGGUGGGAUGGCGCGCAAGAAGGCCAGGGCUCUCUCGCCAUCCUUGACCAAGAGUGGUCAAGGUCAUGGAAAUAAGAACGGCAGCACCGAAGUUGUCGGUAUGGGUCCACAGCCAGGCCAGCCACCUGGCGAUGCACGCGGGUACACGGAGGCAGGCGGCAUGCAGACUGAAGAUGACGCAGACGUGGAGAUGGAGGACUGGGAGAUGGAGCUAGAGUCGAUACCCAGUGACGACGCGGACGACGAAGACUACCAGGACUGA